GCCAUGGCUGCUCAUGCCAAGAACACCAAUAGAGUUUCUCUUGCAAUGGAGAGAACUGGACAAUGGGUUUUCUCUCAAGACAUCCCAACUGAUAUUGUUGUACAAGUCGGUGAAGCAAAGUUCCCUCUUCACAAGUUCAUGUUAGUAGCAAAGAGCAACUACAUACGAAGAUUAAUACUCGAAUCGAAAGAACCUGAUAUGGCUAGGCUAGAUCUCUCGAGUAUCCCCGGAGGAGCUGAAAUCUUCGAGAAAGCAGCAAAGUUCUGCUAUGGUGUCAAUUUCGAAAUCACUGUACAUAACGUAGCAGCACUACGCUGUGCUGCAGAGUAUCUCGACAUGACUGACCAAUACUGUGACGGCAACCUCGCCGGCCGGACAGACGACUUCCUUGUUCAGGUAGCGCUAACGAGCCUCUCCGGGGCUGUUGUUGUCUUAAAAUCCUGUGAAGAUCUUCUUCCCAUAGCUGAACAGAUCAACAUCGUUCAACGAUGUGUUGAAGUGGCGAGUGCUAAGGCUUGUAACGAAGCGAAUUUUCCGAGCCGUUCACCGCCGAAUUGGUGGACAGAUGAACUAUCGAUCGUCCACAUAAAAAUCUUCGAGAAAAUAAUUGCUUCGAUGAAAUCACGAGGCGCAAAAGCACUCACAAUUGCUAGCGCUAUCAUAACCUACACCGAGAGAGCGUUGCCGGACCUCGUUCGCGACCAAUCCGGUAACAGUAGAAAAUCUUCAAUCUCCAUGGACUCCGGCACCAGAAACCAGCAAAGAAAGCUCCUAGAAUCGAUCAUUGCUAUACUCCCCAUCGAAAAUCAACGAGCAUCUUUUCCUAUCAGUUUCCUUUGUUGCCUCCUCCGCACGGCAAUCUUCCUUGAAAACGACGAUAUUUGGAAGAAGCAGCUGGAGAAACGGAUAUCGGCUAUGUUAGAACAUGUCACCGUCGAUGACCUUCUUGUGUUGUCUUACACUUUUGACGGAGAAACAUUGUAUGACUUGGAGAGCGUAAGGAGGAUCAUCUCCGGAUUCGUGGAGAAGGAGAAGAGCGUAUCGGUGUUCAACGGCGGUGAUUUCAGAGAAAUCUCGUCGACCGCCGUGCUUAGGGUUGCAAAGACGGUUGAUGCGUACCUCGGUGAAAUCGCGACGGUUGCUGAAUUGAGCAUUUCAAAAUUCAACGGAAUUGCCAAUUUGGUGCCUAAAAAUGCACGAAAAUUGGAUGAUGAUCUUUAUCGCGCCAUUGAUAUAUACCUCAAGGCUCAUCCAAACUUGGAUGAAAUUGAGCGUGAGAAAGUUUGUAGCGCAAUGGACCCACUAAGACUCUCCUACGAAGCAAGGGUACACGCCUCACAGAAUAAAAGAUUGCCCGUACAGAUAGUUUUGCACGCACUGUACUUCGAUCAAUUACAGAUUAGAAGUGGGAAGACCGAGAACAACACGCCUGAUGCAUUGAGCAUGAGGUCCCAAGUACAAGCAGACGUGUCAUUGGCUAAAGAAAACGAAGCCUUAAAAUCUGAGUUAUUGCAAAUGAAGGCUUAUAUAUCUGAUAUACAACACAAGAAUCAAGUAGGAUCAACGUCUGCUAGAAUAGGUAACCCAAAGAAACAUCGUUUUUUCUCGUCGAUGUCCAAGACCUUGGGAAAGUUGAAUCCUUUCAAACAUGGAUCAAAGGACACUUCUAAUAUCGUCGAUGAUGGUGACGACGUUGACCACACAAAGCCUAGGAGGAGACGAUUCUCCAUCUCCUAGUCUCGUAAAAUUUAUUUUUGAAUUACCGAAGAAUUAGGUUAGCUGGUGUGAGAGUGUGAUUUCUUUUCGUUUUUUAGUUAAACCCUUCAAACUGUUCUUUAAUCAUGAUUUGCCUUUUUUAUCUGUUGUUUAUGUCACUAUAUGUAACUAUACGAGAAACCCGAAAGCGUGUGUAUAAAUUAAAGAUUUGUUCUUGAUCCA